AUGCCCGAUAUAAAUCGGUUGCAGCCAGUCCCCGAAAGCACAGACGACACGAAACGACCGCCCGGAGACGGGCCUGAUCCUGAUCCCAUGAUGCCCGAUACAAAUCGGUUGCAGCCAGUCCCCGAAAGCACAGACGACACGAAACGACCGCCCGGAGACGGGCCUGAUCCUGAUCCCACGAUGCCCGAUACAAAACGGUGGAAGUGGGACGAUAGAGAGCGUUAUGAGUCGAAGUUAAAGAGCAUAGAAGCGGGAUGCAAUCAAUACGAGCAGAAACUAAUGGGUGGAAUCGUUAAUACCACAAAUAUUAGUCCGAAUUACUCGGAUAUCCACAUUAAUCGUACCGUCAUCGAUCAGCUUGAACGUGUCACCGCUCUUGCGUUAAACAGACCUGACGCGUUCCAGUACGGCGUGCUUCGCAGAAAUAAGGUUACAGGUGCGCUCCUCUACGGACCUCCAGGAACCGGAAAAACUCUUUUGGCGAGAGGAUUGGCCAAGCAGUCCGGCUUUCUCAUGCUUGAAGUCACUGGUGCCGAUAUUUUUCAGAAAUGCUGGGGGGAACCUGAGAAAUAUAUCAAAGCGGCCUUCACGCUGGCGCGCAAACUUUCCCCCUGCAUACUCUUCAUUGAUGAAGCGGACGGAAUUUUCGGCGCUCGCAAAAGCGGAGAUAGAAAGCACCAACGCGGAAUGCUCAACCAAUUCCUGCUGGAGUGGGACGGCAUGGGAAGCAGCAUGGACUCUCCGUUCCUGUUAUUGUCGACAAACCGUCCCUUCGACCUCGACCCUGCGGUGCUGCGCCGUGCGCCAGUGCACAUCCACAUUGAUAUCCCCACAGUCCACCAAAGGCAAGGGAUUCUGCAACUUCUCCUCAAGCACGAGGACUUGGGGCCUGACAUCAACCUCCCUAUCCUUGCAAGACUGACGCCAUCAUACACGGGUUCCGAUCUCAAGAAUCUCUGUGUUACUGCUGCACUUGCUUGUGUCGAGACUGAAGUCCCUGAUCCUGUCACCGGCGAGUACCCGUCACGAAGGACACUUCAAAGACGACAUUUCAACUUCGCACUGAAAUCGGUCAGGGCGACUACCUUGAACCCGAAACAGUUGUCCCAGCUCGAUGCCUUUCAUAGGAGAGCUGGGGGCUAA